CAACUAUGUAUUCGUCAAAUCUAGGGAUACAUGACCGUUGCUGGUCCAAUAAUUGACGUCGACAAGAGUGGAGGGACCUUGUUGGCCUAUUUGAGAACCCGGUAGGUCAGACGCAUAAUAGUCACGUCGGCGCGUUAAAUGUAAGGUCGGACUUCUUUUUCUUCUACUUUCUCUUCGUUUUUUCCGUAGGGUUGCUUUACUAGACCGGAAAGCUCAUAUCACAUCCCUUGACCUCACAUCUCUACUAGCAAAAGAAGGUAGAGAAAUUAUUCGGAGCGAUUGUGAAAGAAGCGGUCACAAUGACACCCUCACCGCUAAUGCGUGUACCCGCAGAGGUGCGAAUGAUCAUCUAUUCCUACCUCUUCGACGACGGCGGGAACAAGCGAUUGCGAAUCCAGAACGCCGGAGCCGGCAAGUUGCCGAAGACAGACGAUAGAAUCCGAACCCGUUACUAUAUGCUAGAGAGGUCAAUUCACCGCCGCUGCUUCGAGACGACGUACCGACUCGAGUCGGAUGGCGUCAGCUUCUGCGCCUCUAUAAUGCGCGUUAACAAGAAGAUAUACGAAGAAACAGCGUACUUGGUUUAUGGCGGACAUACUUUCGACUUCGGGUGUCACAUCGAAGCCGUCGAGCCCUUCCUUUCGGACUUAACGCCGCCGAGCCGCCAGCUCAUCCGGGAGAUCGCGUUGUACAAGCGAGGCUCAGUUCCACCUUACGAUAACGACCGCUGCGAAUGGCGGAACGUAUGUCGUUUUCUAGAAGACCAUGGGUCUAUCAAGAAGCUCCGACUAGUGGUGCAGGGCGGUCGGCCUAGUGCGACUUGGGAUGGCCCUGAGGAGUUUACAGCAUCUGACCUUAAGCUCCUGUACGAUAUCAAACACGAGAGUCUGGAUUGGGUCGGCGAAUUGGCUCGAGUAAAGGGAAUUGAGGAGUUGGAGAUCCUGCCGGAUGUUCAGUAUUGCCCGCCGCCGUCUUCGACCAACAUGAUCAUAUUCGCGGCGCUUUCGGCGUCCAUUGAGAGGGGCUUGACUGAGUUCCUUAGGAUGCAGUUACGUUUACCGCGAUAAGAACGCUCUUCUCCAGGACUAUUAUUAUAUUCACAUUUCAAGCCGGUAUGGUAUAGGGGAGCGACUCAAUCCCAUUAAAGUGGGCUUGACAUUGUAUGAAUGAAUGAAUUUGUUCAAUGUUGGCAUUGCGUCUAGAUGUAAUCAUCUACAACGUGAUCGCCUGGCUUAGGCUUGACUUCGCCAUCCGUCGG